GCUACAUUUCUACACUGAGAAAUAACGUCAGGUCCCGUGCUUGGGGUGCUGCCAUUGGUUGCAGUUAUCGUGUUGAACGGUGUUGCAUUGUGAAGAAAGGAGGUGGGACAAUUGAUCUUGAACCUUGUCUAACUCAUACAUCAACCGUGGAGCCAACUCUUGCUCCCGUGGCAGUGGAGCGCACAAUGACUACAAGGGCUGCAGCUUCGAACGCACUACGGCAACAGAGAUUUGUCCGAGAAGUCACAAUACAGUACAACCUGUGCAAUGAGCCAUGGAUCAAGUACAGUAUAAGCAUUGUUGCAGACAAGGGCUUGAAGAAACCACUGUACACUUCUGCACGCUUGAAAAAGGGGGAAGUUUUGUAUUUGGAAACCCAUUCACGCAGGUAUGAGCUCUGCUUCAUUGGAGAGAAGAUGGUCAAGGCUGCAACAUCAUCUCAGACACAUGAUAUGGAGACGGAAAAAUCUCAUACUCACAACUUGCACUCUACAAAUGGUGAAAGAACUGGUGCAAUAGAUGGCGAUAGUGUUUUGAUUGAUGUUUUCCGGUGGUCUCGUUGUAAGAAGCCCCUUCCCCAAAAAGUCAUGCGGUCAAUUGGAAUACCGUUGCCCCUGGAACAUUUGGAGGUGUUGGAAGAGAAUCUUGAUUGGGAGGAUAUCAAGUGGUCACAAACUGGUGUUUUCAUAGCUGGAAAGGAGUAUCCUCUUGCUCGGGUGCAUUUCUUAUCACCAUAACUAGCUGAAGCUCUUCUCCAGUAAAUUUCCAGUACCCAGUAUAUGUAAAAAUAAUUGUCCUCAGAAUUUAUAUAUGGAGAGGGUUGUCUUUGGCUAAAUAAUGCUGAAUAUUAAAUUAUAUAAGAGGCGGACUUGUGUAAUUUAGUAGGUGUUUAAAAAUUUAACAAAUAUGUGUAUGGAUUUUGUGAAAUAGAUACAUAAUGGUAUUUGAACUGUUUGAUGUACACCAGCUUCAACUUA